CCUACAAACCUCCAGCAUUUUUAUCUACCUUCGAUUUUCCAGCAUCUGCAGUUCCUUUUUAAACCUACAAACCUGUACGUCUUUGGAGUGUGGGAGGAAACUGAAGAUCUCGGAGAAAACCCACCCAGGUCACGGGGAGAACGUGCAAACUCCGUACAGACAGCACCCGUAGUUGGGAUCGAACCCGGGUGUCCGGCGCUGUAAGGCAGUAACAAAGAUACUAGAGGUGUUCAAGCAGGAACUGCAGAUGCUGGAAGAUCGAUGGUACACAACAAAGAUACUAGAGGGGCAGCAACUGUACCACCGUGCUACCCGCCCUGUAGUUCCUUGCGCCUCGCCGGAGACACAAUGUUGCCCCUUCUCCAUCAUUGGUAGCCACCAUUAAUAGCCAAUGAGAAAUUAAAUAAUAGCGGUUGACGCGGCUUGUCGUCAGAAUGGGUUAGGAGUUGAGAGCGGCGUCAGUGGGUGGGAUCCGGAGGCGGGGAAGAAGCAGCAAUGGUGGUGAAACAUGUAGUGGACGCCAAGCAGCUCCAGCACCUGUUCAGCCAGACCGAGAACCUGGUGGCGGUCAUGUACUCUGCCGAGUGGUGCAACAACUGCCGCAUGAUCCGCCCGCACUUCUACAACCUGGCCGAGCAGAUGCCCAACGUGACCUUCGUGGAGGUGGACGUGGACGACGCCGAGCCGCUGGCCCGCUCGGCCGGCAUCACCUGCAUGCCCACCUUCCACUUCUUCAAGCGCUCCACCAAGAUGGGCGAGUUCUCGGGGACCAAGAGGGACAAGCUGGAACAUCUGAUCGAUGAGCUGCAGUGAGCGGCCUG